CCCAGCGUUGACACUCGGCACUUCGGCAACAGGCGCUCCUCCUCUACCGCACACAGCCUUUUCAGCUUCCUCGACUUCGUUCACGCCCAUCUCGACAAGCGCAAAUCCUCCGUCACCAGCAUCUUCAUAGAUUUCAAGAAAUCCUUCGACCUGGUGGACUACAUCAUGGUCAUUUCAAAAGCAGCAGCUUCCACGGGCAUCAGGGAGUGCCUCAUCCCCUGGCUGGCAGACGUUCUCUCCAACAGGUAACAGUUUCCAGCCUUCUGUCACUCACGUGCGGAGUCCCCAGGGGAACUAGAAUGAAAUCCCUAUGUUUCCUUAUCAUAAUUACCAACGUUCUCCUGGAUACCGAACAUCGCUGGAAGUACAUGGAUGACUCGACCACCGCCGCCGCCGUUGACAAUGCCUGCCCUGACCACUCCGCCAUCCAGCGCGCCCUCGACAACGUCCUCACCUGGACCACCGCAAAUCACGUCACUAUCAACCGCCAGAAGUCGGUCGUGAUGCAGAUCGCCUUCUCCACCAACCCCGCUCCCGCGCCCAUCCUCACGCUCAACGACCACCCGCUCGACGCAGUCCGUUCCACCAAGCUACUCGAGGUCUCCAUCGACAAAAAGCUCUCCUGGACACAGCACGUCAGAGACAAAAUGGCAGAUGCGAGACUGGAGAACAAUACAUUACUGCAGAAAAAUGAGAACUAACAAACAUUACCGACAAUAAACACUCGGUGCAUAAGAGUCACGGAAGCAGCGAAUGAUGAAAAUAAAACAAUAGGAAUGGAGGGAGCGAGGAAGGUAGAUGUAAAGACCAAGGAACUAAAGGAUAAAAUGAGUGAUGUGGCACUUAUUCUAAACCAAAGAAUGCUGUUAAUGUUAAGUCACAUGAAGAAAACACUGAGACAGAGACAGCUUUCUCAUGCAGUCGCUGGCAACACGCGUGUGAUUGUUUAAAUUUUAUUCUGGUGUUAUUUAAUCUUGGACGAAGUGUCGAAAAUUCAUUAUGUUUUAAAAAGAUUUAUAAUGAAAGAGGAAUGUUUGCAGAUCAUGGUAAAUAUAUUCACUUACAGGAUUUUAAA